UUGUUUGGGGCCUUUGGGCGUUGAUCGAUCCUUUUAAUUACUCUGUGCGAGAAGGCCGACGAGGAAGACCCUCGAAGAGCUGCACCAUGGCCUACGUCGAAGGAGGUGUUGUGAAACCCAAGAAAUCACUAUGGCGAUUGAGCACAAUUACUGAUUUCUUUUGGUUUAUUCUUAAUUUCAUUGGCAUUUUCUUCAUGACCAUGUUCUCGAUGGAAAAAUCAGAUGCUUACAAGAAAAGCUCAGGUGCCAGCAAGAAAUGGGAUGGUGGUGGUCCUGGAGGUCCUGGGAGAGGUCCAUACGGUGGUGGACCACGUGGGCCACCCCGUGGAUUGAACAAUGUCCGUGGGAUUGACCACAGUUCCCUUCCUGCAUGUGGAUCCUGCUGCGGGGGCUGAAAUGUUGGUUGAUGCACUUCUUUCACUUAAAUACAUGUUUACUGUAAUUGAAAUAGGCUAGUUUUUGAAGCAUCCAUGGUAUGGAGAAUGUCUAUAUUCCUCUGUUAUUGUGAAUGAUGCCUCUGAGAGAACUCAAGUAAUAUAUUGAUGUUUCAAGUUUCAACAA